GAAAGGUAGGCAGGCGUUUGUGACUUCGAUUCCACUAAAAAGUCAUUCGCAGGCGAACAAAAGCACCGAGACAAGUCAGCGACUGAGUGUCUUCGGCUGUCGGGCUGUCCGCUGUCGGCCCAUCUGUUAGCACACAGGAUGGACGCCCUGCUGGAGAACUUGUUUCCGGCGCUGCGGCGGCGACAUCAGGCCGGCGCCCGAGCCGACGCGCCGCCGGCCGGCCAGCCCCCGCCACCGCAGGCGCCGCCGCCGCCGCCGCCGCAGCCGCCGCCGAGGCCGGCCGGCGCUCAAAACGCCGCUGAAGAACAGUUUGUGGCGAUCCGCGACCGGCUGUUCCACGCCAUGUUCGUGCGACUCUCGCUGGCGUAUGCGCGCCUGUUCUCGCCGCGCGUCCGGCGCAUGGUCGAGUUCGCCUCCCUGCUUGUGGCGAUCUGCUCUCUGGCGAUGCUGACAUACAUUCACGUGGCGUUCUCACAUAUGCCCAACCACUGCCUGGACAGCGUCAAAGACGACUGGCCGCGAGACGGAAUACUGCGCGUCGAGAUCAUCCGAGACCCCGGCGAGGAGUACACACUGGCCAAGUCGUACGAGAAGGAGGAGCGUCUGAAGCUGCGCGACCCGGACAGCCUGCUACUGAGCACGCUGGAGGAACUGCUGGACGGCGACCGGAGGAAUCGUGAGAAGCAGAAAUCCGAGGAGGCGGGUUCCGAGCCGGCCACGCAGCAGCCUCUGACGGAAGUUUCCGGAACUGAAACUUUGAUAGAGGACGUGACUGUUCCCACCGACCCGGCCAAUAUCUACUCCAACGUCUCAGCUGGGUCGGCCCGGAGUACGUCUAGCCCGCUGUCGCCGACUCCGAGUGACUCUCCGGAGCCGGGAGGGACAGAGGAGGCCGCCCCAGCCGAUAGUCAGCAGACGUCAGGGAACGGCCCCGAUGACCCGGCCGAGACCAACAGCACCGAUAGUGCGCCGCCGCCGGUCACCGAGGGGUCAUCGAACUCUGAGAGCGGCGGCCUGGACCAGGACGUCACCGGCCUGGAGCGGCUCAUCAGGACCGUGUGGCCGGACGAGGAGUACAUCGUGGAGUACUCGCUCGAGUACGGGCUCCUGCGGCUCUCCCCUGCCACCCGCCGGCGUCUCUCGGUACCCACCCAGAUCGUGUUGCUCGAUCCCGACUCAGACGUGUGUUUCGGCGACCACCUCAGCCGGCUGAUCCUGGCAUGGCUGAUUGGGUACGACGAUAUCCUGCUGAGUAGCAUCAAGGAGCUUGCUGAAGCCGAGGAUAACCGCGGCUACCUCAGGAACGUGGUGACGGGCGAACACUACCGCUUCGUCAGCAACUGGCCCACGUCCACCUCGUUCUUCGCCGCCUGCUUCAUCAUGAUCAUAUUCACGCUGACGGUCUCCAUGCUUCUUCGUUAUUCUCACCAGCAAAUAUUUCUCUUCAUUGUGGACCUGCUGCAGAUGUUGGAGGCCAACACGAUCGCCCACUUCCCGGCGGCCCCGCUGCUGACCGUUAUUCUGGCGCUGGUUGGUAUGGAGGCGGUGAUGUCCGAGUUCUUCAACGACUCGACCACGGCGUUCUACGUCAUCCUGAUGGUGUGGCUGGUGGACCAGUACGACGCCGUGUGCUGCCACACUGCCAUCAGCCGCAAACACUUCCUCAGGUUCUUCUUCCUGUACCACUACUGCUUCUACGCGUACCACUACCGCUUCAACGGCCAGUACAGCAGCCUGGCGCUCAUCACCUCAUGGCUAUUCAUCCAGCACGCCAUGUUCUACUUCUUCCACCACUACGAGCUGCCGGUGAUCCUGCGAAACGCCCAGAUCCAGCGGCUGGUGACACACGCCAUCCGGCGGGACAACCAGCGGCGGGCCGGCGGUCAACCGGCGGGUGGUGGAGGGGUACCUGAGGAGGUGCUGCUGGCGAUGAUGGACGCGCCCGACCCACCGGCCGGAGCGGCUGCGGCGGCACCCGCAGCCGCUGCUCCGGCGAGAGACACGCCUACGGCGGGGGCGGCGGGGACAGCUGCGGCAGCAGUUCCUCCGGCAGGUACAGCGGCGACUAGCUCGCCGGCAGCGGCACCAGUGAUUAGCCCGUCGGCUGAAGCAGCAGCAUCAGCGGCAGCAGAUCCUCCGGCAGGGGCAGCAGCGACGACCCAGUCAGCUGGAGCAGCAGCAGCAGCAUCCGCCGUUGCAGAACCUGUCGCUACCCCAGUAGCUGACCCCAUGCCAGGAGUCGCGGCGGCAGCCUCACCUGCCGCCAGCACGGCGCCUGCCGCACCGGUAAGAGAUUCAGCACCUCCACCAGCGGCUGCCCCCGCUGGGCCGGCGCCGGCGGAGACUGGCAGCUCUUCUACAGACAGGACCGCUGCGCCUUCUGCCGAUGCGGCAUCGUCAGCCACCGAGCCGGGACAUACAGAGCCGGCGUGACGAGACGAGUGUAUGACGGUGUGAUCAGUUCCAGUGUUAGUGCGGAAUGGACCGUCAAUUGAGACCUGCCGUCGCCCUCAAUACAGCUUUAGGCUGAGAGAACGGCCAGGGGAUGAGGAACCGACCGAUCACAGACAGCCCGACGGUGUAUCUGACUCAGGUGUGAAACCGGGUCCACGUAUGAAGUGAACCAGGAGCGAACCGGGUGUGAAUCAGCAGCGAACCGGGCCUGAACCAGGUGCGAUCCGGCGCCCGCUCCGCUCUCCCGAUGUGCAAUUGGAGCGCUCAGUCUAUCCCCACAGACCGGUGCUGUGUACCGACGAACGGUAACUCACUCCGCGGGGCGUCAGCCGGUGCAAUUGGAACGAUAAGCGCCAUGACUGAAGCUUUAGCCGGCCUCUAUACGUGGAAGCCAUUACUGAACAUAUGCCUGACUUGAGUGGCCCGCUGGCUAUGUAUAUAAUCGAUAUGCAUCAACCAUGAUGAUGAGCUGAUUGAGCAACUCUCUCUCUCUCUCUCUCUCUCUCUCUCUCUCUCUCUCUCUCUCUCUCUCUCUCUCUCUCUCUCUCUCUCUCUCUCUCUCUCUCUCUCUCUCUCUCUCUCUCUCUCUCUCUCUCUCUCUCUCUCCUCCCGAUUUUUCUCUUUGCAUCAUUUUUUCCUCUUUUGGGCAGUUUAAGUGUACCUAGUAAGUACCUACACCCAGAUGUAUUAUUGUGCGUGUGUUCUGUGCAUGUAGUUAAUACAGAUAAAUACGUAUAUAGUACCGUCAGGAUGCACUCUGAUACAUGUGCAUAUGUAAUGUAUGCGUGUGUCCGUAUUUUAGUUGUGCUUUCAUUGUUGGACAGGUCAUUAUGAACACACCACUAGACUAAGAGUGUCACACUGCACGUUGUCGAGCUGAUUACGGACCAGAAAGCGGUUGCCGCUAAAUUAUUGUGGCGUAUUAGUGUACUUCAACGGUGUACCAGUGUACAUCUGUGGACCGUGGCGUACCAAUGUACUCUGACCGUGUACCGGUACACUGUGGUGGUGUACUCGAACGUUGUACCAGUGCUCGCGGAGAAAAAGCGUUGCGUCGUGCAGUGCCUUCGGUUCCCGUCACUACCGUUACCCGUGGAAGACCAGGACAGGUACUGCAACCGAAUCAGAUAUAGCAAACUCACUGGCGACCGUGUCAAGUAAGGCAGAUGAGGCAGCAUCUAAGCGCCACUGUUGUAAUGAUACACUCGAAGUGCUGCGUUUGGACCCGAUCUGCGCUGAGUGGUGGUCGCUACUCGCUAGUCACGGUCUAGACGGUGUGGUUCGAUCGACUUCGCGUGAGAAACGGUCCUGUCUGACGGACGGGAGGUCGCCCGAGAGGCCGGUUGGUACCGCGAACUGUCAUGUCUGUGUGAAUGCGGGGUCUGUGUGGACUGUGGAACGGGGUUUCGCCCGAUACGAAGGCUGAUCAGUGUGUAACUGAUUGCGUUACCGGUGUACCUAUGACAAUACAUGGGUGUGCCGGAAAG